AUGCUCGACUUUACCAAACUCCGAGGCACAGCCCUCAUUUAUGCCAUCACUGCAGCCUCGGGCUCCUGUUUCAUUCUCUUCGGCUACGACAAUGGAGUCAUGGCUGGUCUCAUCACUGCUCCCUCUUUCACCUCCGCAAUGGGGAACCCUUCGUCGGGGACGACGGGUACGAUCGUCGCCGUGUAUAAUUUGGGGUGUUUUAUUGGGUGUAUGCUCGCUGCUGCCUUUGGUUUCAAACUCGGUCGUCGACGAACCCUUCUCCUCGGAAACGUCGUUCUUAUCAUCGGUACAAUCAUCCAGGCUGCGUCUUAUGGCGUUCCACAACUCAUCGUGGGGCGAAUCGUGACAGGCAUGGGAACAGGUCUCAACACAGCAACAAUCCCAACCUGGGUCUCCGAGACUGCAAAGGCCGAAGCGCGUGGUUCCCUGAUCGCAACCCAACUCGCUAUCGUAUCAGCCGGAAUCGUGAUCGCGUAUUGGCUCGAUUAUGCCAUGGUCCGCGGUGCAUCCGGGCAAGUCGUCUGGCGCUUCCCUAUCGCGUUCCAAGCAUUCUUUGCACUCCUCACCAUCUGUAUGGUUCUCUUCCUGCCUGAAUCACCACGCUGGCUCUACGCUGUAGGGAGGACAGAGGAAGCAGACCACGUCAUGGCCCGUCUCCUUGACGAACCCGCCAACGGGGUGAUCUUACAGCGUGAGAGAAAUGGUAUCUUGGAAGCCAUCAAACUCGAACGCGAACAACCGAAAUUCACAAUCCGCGACAUGUUCCGCAACAAAAACUCCGAACUAAAAAUCACACGCCGAAUUAUCCUCGGCUUCGUCGUGCAAUGUAUCCAGCAAUUCACGGGUAUUUCGGUGGUGGUGAACUACCUCCCUUACCUCAUCGAAAAUCAACUCUUCCUCUCCGGAAAUCUGGCCCUCAUCAUCGGUGGAAUAGCAGCAGUGGUAUACCUCAUCGCCUCUAUCCCACCGAUCUUCUACGUCGACCGUUUGGGAAGACGCAAGAUGCUCAUGUUUGGGUCCGUGGCAAUGUCACUCGCUUGGCUCCUCUUCAUCAUCUUCGUCACACGCUCAUCCAGAGCAUGUCUCUACAUCGCCAUCGUCAUGAUCUUCCUCUACCAAAUCGCGUUCGCCUUCUCCUGGCUUUCGGUACCCUGGAUUUACCCCUCCGAAAUCACGCCCCUCAACGUCCGCCAUAUCGGUUCAGGAUUCGCUACAUCUGCAGAGUGGCUCACGGCAUUCCUCAUCGCGGAAGUCUCCCCGGUGGCUAUCGACACCAUCUCCUGGCGCUUUUACCUCGUCUUCCUCUGCGUCUGUAUCAUUUCAAUCCCAGUCGUCUACUUCUUCUUCCCCGAAACAGCGGGCAAGACCCUCGAAGAGAUCGACGUCAUCUUCGCUUCGGGCGCAUUGACAGAAGGCAAGACUGGACGGAUCAUGAAGGCACAGAAGGAUAUUGAGACAGGAAGUCAUGGAGAUGAUGAGAAGGUUGAGCAUAAGGAGAAUCUGAGUAGGGCGAAUUCGGGGAGUUCGGAUCAGACGCUGAGGAAUCUAUAG